UGUGCGCGUAUUGGACCGUGUGUUUUCUGCUCUUUAUCUAUCGAUGUGAGCCGCAUUCUUUUUUUAAUGAGAAGGCGAGGAGUGUGCGAAAGAUUUACAAGUGUGUGAGGUGCUCCAUCAGCUCCUGUGUGUGUCCUGACUGCGGGAGGAUAGUAUACGCUCAAGUUUUAGGCUGACAACUUCUGACAGAUGCAAACGGAUAUGUGGACACUCGUGUUGGAUUACCAUAAAAAUGGUGUGCAAGCCAAGCUCCCCAUAUAUCGGCCCAAUAGCCUGUGAUAGAAAAGAAUUCGAUUUUUCAACUUUGAUCAAGUCAAAUACUGUAAAAUGUCUGCACACAAAGUUAGGGUUGCUGUCCGGGUGCGACCUUUCAGCAAAAGAGAGAUUGACCUGGACACACAAAGUGUCAUUGAAAUGGCAGACAACCAGACAAUCCUGCAGAGUCCGUCCAGCUUGGAUAAAACCCAACACCCGGGCCGGCGCGGCCAGAAGACGUUCGCGUUCGAUCACUGCUUUGACUCGUCCGAGCCCGGCAGCGCCCGCUUCGCUAGCCAGGAGACCGUCUUCAGCUCGCUGGGCAAGGACAUUCUGGACAACGCCUUCACCGGCUACAACGCCUGCAUCUUCGCGUACGGCCAAACAGGCUCGGGCAAGUCCUACACCAUGAUGGGCAGUCACGACUCGCGUGGCCUCAUCCCGCGCCUCUGCGACACCCUGUUCGACCGCGUGGCCGGCUGCACCGACCCCGGCCUCAGCUGCAAGGUCGAGGUCAGCUACAUGGAGAUCUACAACGAGAAGGUGCACGACCUGCUGGACCCGCGUGGCGGCAAGCAGUCGCUGAAGGUCCGCGAGCACAACCUGCUGGGGCCGUACGUGGACGGCCUGUCUGUGCUGGCCGUCUCCGGAGGCCAGGACAUCGAGAGGCUGAUCGUCGAGGGGAAUAAGUCACGGACGGUGGCGGCCACCAACAUGAACUCCGAGUCGUCGCGUUCGCACGCCGUGUUCACGGUCAUCCUGACCCAGACCCUGACGGACGUACAGUCGGGCGUGACCGGGGAGAAGGUCAGCCGCAUCUCGCUGGUGGACCUGGCCGGCUCGGAGCGUGCCGUCAAGACUGGGGCCGCCGGCGACCGGCUCAAGGAGGGCAGCAACAUCAACAAGUCGCUCACCACGCUGGGACUAGUCAUCUCCAAACUGGCGGACGCCUCCGCCGGCAAGACGCGCACCAAAGACAACUUUGUCCCGUACAGGGACUCGGUUCUCACCUGGCUUCUCAAAGACAACCUGGGUGGAAACAGCAAAACGGUCAUGGUAGCCACCAUUUCUCCGGCCAGCGACAACUACGAGGAGACGCUGUCCACGCUGAGGUACGCCGACCGGGCCAAGCGCAUCGUCAACCACGCCGUCGUCAACGAGGACCCGAACGCGCGCAUCAUCCGCGAGCUGCGCGACGAGGUGGAGCGGCUGCGGGACCAGCUGACGCGUCUGAAGUCUGGAGAAACCAUCGAGGACUUGGAGGCGUCGGGCGACCUCGACCUGCGAGAAAAGCUCAGUGAAAACGAGAAGAUCAUGCGCCAAAUGUCCGAGACCUGGGAGGAGAAGCUGCAAAAGACAGGUCGUGUGCAGCAGGAGAGGCAGCAGGCGCUUGAGAAGAUGGGCAUCAGUGUGCAAUCGGUCGGGAUAUCGGUGCAGAAGAACAAGUUUUACCUAGUGAAUUUGAAUGCCGAUCCGUCUCUGAAUGAGAUGCUGGUGUAUUAUCUCAAGGAGCACACGGUGGUCGGCCUGCCGGACGCGCCUGGCGGCACCGACAUCCAGCUGUCGGGCCUCGGCAUUCAGCCGGAGCACUGCCGGCUGGUGGUGGAGGGCGGCGCGCUGCACAUGCUGCCCAUCGAGGGCGCGCGCUGCUGCGUCAACGGCUCCCAGGUCACCGAGCGCACCCAGCUGCGCCACGGCGACCGCCUCCUCUGGGGCAACAACCACUUCUUCCGCGUCAACUGCCCCAGGAGCAGCGGGGGCGCCGGCGGCCAGGAGGCUCAGACGCCGGCGCAGAACUUCGACUACAACUUCGCCCGGGAGGAGCUGGUGAUGAAGGAACUGGGCGACAACCCCAUCCAGGCGGCCAUCGAGCGCCUGGAGCACCACCACCAGCAGGACAAGCAGAUGGCGCUGGAGCAGCAGCGGCUGGAGUACGAGCGCCAGUUUGAGCGGCUGCGGAGCGCCAUGUCGCCCUCGGCGCCGGGCCAGUUCGGCCCGCUGGACGGGCUGCGGCGCGGCGCGACGCUCUGCAGCCCACUGGCGCAGUCCCGGCUCGAGCAGUGGGCGCGCGACAGGGAGGAGCAGUUCCGCCGCAGCGUGGCCACCCUGCGUCAAGAGAUCGUGCGCGCCAACUCGCUGGCGCGCGAGGCGAGCUCGAUGGCAGCCGAGCUGCGCCGCAGCACCAGCUACUCGGUGACGCUGCAGAUCCCGCCGGAGAACCUGGGCCCCAACCGGCGGCGGGGCCUGUUCGUGUGCGAGCCGGCGAUUUGCGUGAAGCGCCGCGGCCAUCCCAACCAGAUCUGGAGUCUGGAGAAGCUGGACAACAAGCUGGUGGACAUGAGGGAGCUCUUCAAUGAAAUCCAGAGUGGAUCGCUCACGCAGGACACGCUCGGAGACCCGUUCUUCGAGACGCAGGAGAAUCACCACCUGAUCGGCGUGGCUAGCCUCUUCCUGGAGGCGGUGCUGCACGACGUGUGUCUCUCCUACCAGGUCCCCAUCAUCAGCCAGCAGGGCGACGUGGCCGGCCGGCUGCACAUGGAGCUGGAGCGCGUGGCGGGCUGCUUCCAGGACCGCAUGGCCGACUCCACCUCGAACCACUCGGGCGACAGCAGCCGCAGCGACGAGGACCUGCUGACCAACACCGUCACCUGCCGGGUGACGAUCAAGCAAGCCACCGGACUGCCGCUGUCCCUGUCGCACUUCGUCUUCUGCCAAUACAACUUCUGGGGCUGCUCUCAGACUCAGGUCUGUCCACCCAUCAUCAGCAACAGCGCGUCCUCGUGCGCCAACGACCGGGUGGUGGUGCAGUUCGACCACUGCCGCGACUUCGUCAUCCCCGUCUGCGAGGAGUUCAUCGAGAACUGCGCCGAGGGCGCGCUGUCGGUGGAGGUAUGGGGUCAUCGCUCAGCCGGCUUCAGUUCGUCCGUCCCCACCACGCUGGACGUGGUUGACAGCCAGCUGGCCAAGGCGCGCUCCCUGGCCGACCGCUGGGCCGAGCUCACGCGCAAGCUCGAGCUCUGGGUGGAGCUGCAGGAGCUCAACGACCACGGCGAGUACCAGCCGGUGGAGGUGUGCGCGCGCACGGACGUGGCCUCGGGCGGCGUGUAUCAACUGCGUCAGGGCCAACAGCGCCGGCUGGCCGUGCGCGUGCUGCCCGUGCUCAACUCCGGCACGCUGCCGCUGGUCUGUGACGCCAUCUCGGCCAUCAGCAUCGGCAGCGUGACGUGCCGGUACCGCAUGCAGAAGCCGCUCGACUCGUACCAGGAGGCGGACCUGAACCAGCUGCGCGAGCGCUGGUCCAGCGCGCUGGUCCGCCGCCGCCAGUACCUCGACUCGCACCUGCAGAAGAUCAUCAAGAAACAAGACAAAACCGAGGCGGACAACGAGCGCGAGAAGUCGCUGCUGGACCAGUGGAUCCAGCUGAACGAGGAGCGUAACGCCGUGCUGGUGCCGGCGGCCGGCAGCGGCAUCCCUGGCUCGCCGCUCUCGGCGCACGUGCAGCAGCGCGCCGGCCUCGAGCGGCACGUGCCCGUGCUCUUCCUCAACCUGAACGCGGAUGACCUGAGCUCGGGCUCUCUGGCGGGCGAGCUGGCGUGCGCCGGGGUCAGCUCCCACCUGCCCAAGGAGCACGGCGAGCACAUGGUGGCGCUGCACCCGGUGCGCGCCGCCGACGGGCCGUGCGUGGCCGCCGUGGCCCAGUGGGACUCGAGCGUGCACGACUCGGUCUACCUCAACAGAAUCACACCCGCCAACGAGCGGGUGUACCUGGUGCUGCUGGUGCGCGUGCGGCUCUGCCAGCCGCUGCCCAUGGACAUCGUACUGCGCAAGCGACUCGCCGUCAACAUCUACAAGCCGACCUUCACCAACAAGCUGAUGCGCAGCAUCUCGCUUCGUCGCACGGACCAGGUGGAGGCCACCGGCGUCGUCUACGAGGUCGUCUCCAACAUCCCGAAGGCGAGCGAGGAGCUGGAGGACCGCGAGUCGCUAGCGCAGAUCGCCGCCUCCGGACAGGAGGCCAGCGACCCGGACGGCGAGACGUACAUCGAGAAGUACCUGCAGGGCGUGAGCGCCGUGGACAGCAUCCUGCGACUGGACCGGCUGCGCCAGAGCGUGGCCGUCAAGGAGCUGAUCCAGGACGGCGCCGGCCCCCUCUCCGGCACCGGCAGCAUGCGCAAGACGGCCAGCGUGCCCAACAUCAGCUACUUCCACCGGCCGGACGGCGUGAACCGGUCCGAGAGUUUCCUGGAGUUGAGCGGGCUGCCGGCGGCCGGCGACUCCGCCGACCCUCCGCACCACCGGCUCUCACUCGGCGGCCAUAAGGCAGACAGCUCCGGCCGCACCGCCAAUCGGCCCACGUUCCUGAACCUGACGGCCGGCGGCCGCCUGCAGGGCGCCAUGUCCAAGUCCACUCCCAGCCCGGGCUCGCUGAAGCUGGCCUCGAGGAUGAGCACGCUGCACGAGGACCACGACCGCGAGGGAUCGCCGGAGCGCGCAGACGCCGCCGGCUCCGCCCAGCCGGCCCCGGGACGCGGCGCGGCUGCUCGGACGCGGCUCUCCGGGCGCAUGCGCAGCUCGCGAACGUUUGACUCCCUAGUGGAGAUCCCGGCCCCGGCCAAGACCAACUCGCCCAGCGUUACCUCCAGCGGCUACGGCUCGCAGGCGGUCAGCUCGUCGAACCUGUCCAGCGAGGACUCGGUGUCGCUGCAGAGCAUCGACGAGACGCCCGACUCGGAGGCGAGCGUGGUGGCGGCGCGCCGGCCGGCCGACACCAGCCGGCGGGAGUCGGAACGGCCGCCGGCGUCGGCCGCCGCCCCGGAGCCGGCGGAGGGGCAGCGGGAGGAGGGGCAGACUCAGGAGAAUAAGGGGGAGCCGCGGCCCGGGGAGAGUCAGCAGGAGCCUGCGGGACAGGCUCCCGAGAAUCACCAGGAGCUGGAGCUCCAACCUCAGGAGAUUCGACGGGAGUCCCAGCCGCAACCUCAGGAGAAAACUCAACCAGAGCGAGAGCAGGAGAUUCAGCGGCAAAUGCGUCAGGAGUUCGAGGCGGAGCAGGGAUCAUCGUUAGAAGGGCUCCAGGAUCCGCCGCAGCAAAUCCAGCAGGAGCCGGAACAGAACCCCCCGCAGCUUGAACACCAGCAGGAGCCUAGUGAGGAGCAAGGGGAGCCUCUGCAGCAGGAGCCUAACCAUGACACGCAGCUGGAUUCCAACGGCCAGGACUGGGAGGACCAUGAGGCGGGCAAGCCGCAGACUGACAACUGUAUCGCCGGCCUGGCCGAGUGGGUGACGCCCGGCGAGGCGGUGCUGGUGCGGCCCCAGUCGCUCUCCGGCCACAUCCGCUUUGUCGGCCCCGUCCGGUUCGCGCCCGGCUGCUGGGUGGGCGUCGACCUCGACCUGCCCCAAGGGAAGAACGACGGCAGCGUGAAGGACGUGCAGUACUUCCACUGCCAGCCGAGGCACGGCAUCUUCGUGCGCGUCGACAAGCUGAUCUGGGACCAUCGGCGCAGUCGGGCGCAGCGGGCGCGCCCGAGCCCGGCGGCCGCCGCGGCCGGCUCCUCCCGGCGGGCGUCGACCAGAGGCGAGUCCUCUCCGCUUUCGGCAGGGCUGUCCAGCUCGAAGAGCAAAAGCGAAGGCCUUAGCAAUAGGAAAUAGGGCCCGGCCGGCGUUGUCUCCCUCCUAGCGGUAACCGAUUGAGCUUGUUAGAUUUGUGUGCCAAACACCGCUCCGUUGGCAACUAGAUAGACACGUGGCGACUAGACUAGGGUGGCCGUGAACCCGUGUAGGAGGGGCAGUAGGCGCCCGGGCAGCGCGACCCGUCAGCUCGCCGGACGUCGGCAUCGCCUCGCCGGCCUGCGCCCCCACCGUGAUAUUCUAGACUGUCGGCGCGUCUGACCGUUCUUUAGAGCUAAUAAUUUAUAUUCGCUGCUUGGUAGCGCGCGUGCGAGGCCGCUCGGGCCGCCCGUUGUGCCGCCCGCCGUCUAGUGACCAUGUGUUGCGCGCGCGCGUCCACCUGGUGCCGACACCAGCCUUCGUUCCGCCCAGUACGAUUUCGUCCAUUCGACAUUCCAGUCGCGCGUGUGUUGGUGUGCGGUUCGCGGGGGCAGCGCGGGCGGGCGGAGUUUCCGCGCGCGCGCGCGCUGACUGGCGGGAUGGCGGCAAGGCGCUGGUGCGAUGUCCACCCACCAGAGGCGCUGCGGCGCAGUACGAGAGCUUCGAGCCGCGCGGGUGCCGCCGGUGUUUUAUUGUCUUACGUCCGAUGAGCAGCUACUAUUGGCAGCAGCGUGACGUGCUGAACACCAUUUGAGUGAUGAAUUGUGGUCAGGCCACAGAUGCCCUGCACGGAAACUAGAAUUCUGAAUUGUUUUAAACUAGCAAGGAGCUUCGCGAAACCCACGGACGCGCAGCGGGCCUGCAGUGCCGUAGUGGCGCGUGCGGUUUGUUCAGUUGAGCUUCUCUGCAUUAUAAACUCCGACGGGGUCUGAUAAUG